AUGCCGAUGUCCCACAGAUCCGUGCAGUGGCUCGUGGUCACGCUGCUCGUCGUCUUUGCAGCGGCACAGUGUGAGCAGAGCGAGAGCCGCCGAGCUGUGAGCGAACACCAGCUGAUGCACGACCGUGGUCGAAACAUCCAGAGUCUGAAGAGGCUCAUCUGGCUGUCGAGCGCCAUGGAGGGGCUCCACACCGCCCAGACCCGCUCCGCCGCCCUCAGCCCAGCGAAGGUCCUGAACCUGGACCUGAACCCGGAGUUGGUCCCUGAUGCUCCGGACCCCCAACCCGCCCGGGUGCAGAGCCUCCUGAGGGACUUCUUUAACAACCCCUACCUGACUCAGCUGUCCGACACAGAGGCUUAA